ACGGGAACUGAGUUGGUUGCCGUUCGACCAUCAAGUCGACACGUGUCCAGUGUUUGUGUUAUAAUAGUAUUUAAAACAGUGUGUUGUAAAGUUUACAUUUGCGUACAGCUUGUAAGUUAGCGUACAGGUCAGGGGUUACGCGUGUAGGUAUUAACAAUUGAGUUUGAAAUGGCGUGAAUUAUAAUAUUAUGUAUUGCAGAUGAAAGUCGGCGAAACAUGUAGCAAGAAUGACGCGUAUGAAGUGGGUGGUGCUGUGGUCUCUGUGGGCAGCCCGGCUGGUGAGGCAGCCCAGCGCCCCGGUGCUGGUCAGCAGCGGCUGGCUGCGAGGGUCCGUGGCUGCUGACGGCUCACACGUCCGCUACACUGGAGUUCCGUAUGCGACGGCGGAGAGGUUUCAGUCUCCGCGACCAGCGCUUUCUUGGACUGGGACUCUAGAUGCCUUCGAUGAACAUAUUAGAUGCGUUCAAAGAUUCACGAAAUCAUGGAUAACUGGAUAUGAGAAUUGUCUUACUCUGAAUAUAUAUACUCCAGCUCACUCCUCUGGAAAGCCAUAUCCUGUAAUGGUAUACAUUCAUGGAGGCGGCUUCAGGGAUGGUUCGGGGUCACCGUUUUUAUAUGGUCCGGAGUAUUUAAUGAAGCAUGGUAUAAUUCUGGUAACAUUUAACUACAGAUUAGAAGUAAUGGGCUUUCUGUGUUUAGGAAUUAAAGAAGCUUCUGGUAAUAUGGGUUUAAAAGAUCAAGUGGCAGCACUUCGUUGGAUUAUGAGAAAUAUAAAAGUAUUCGGAGGAGAUCCCGAUAAUAUUACGUUGUUCGGUGAGAGCGCCGGCUCAGCGUCUGUUCUGUACCACAUCGUUUCGCCUUUGUCGAAAGGACUGUUCCACAAAGCAAUACUGCAAAGUGGCUCUGCCAUUUCUCCUUGGAGCACGCAGUUUGAGCCGUUAAAAACAGCAAGUCUUUUAGCUAGAGAAAUGGGUCACGUCACUAAUGACCCUCAACAAUUAUAUCAGCUAUUUAAGAACAAAACACCAAUGGAAUUGCUAAGUACCCGAGUACCGAGGGCUAUCGGUGAUAUAACUUUAUCAGAAAACAUAUUUGUGCCAUGUAUCGAGAAUGUAAUUGACAAUAACGAACAAUUUAUAACCAAUAGUCCCUAUAAUCUAAUACUUUUAAAUCAAUUUAACAAAGUUCCUUUGAUAAUUGGCUAUAAUGACGCCGAAGGGUACAUGUUUGUUGCCAAGGAAAAUGAGACUACCAUCACUGAUUUUAAUGUCCUCAGCUCCCUGCCUAGAGAUCUGUCAUUUCCUUCUGAAAUUAUUAAAAUAAAAACAGCGAAAGAACUACAGGAUCUUUAUUUUGAUGAGAGCAGCCCAAAAACAUCUCCCGAUAAACUGGCAAGAUAUCAAGGUGAUACCUGCAUCGUAUUUCCUGUGGUUAAAACGAUAGACAUGCUUUUAAAGUAUUCAGAAGAGCCGAUUUAUUCGUACAAAUUUUCACGAGACGGCUGGAUGAAUCUUGUCAAAAUACUGUUCGGGUUCGGAAGGUUUCCUGGGGCAUCUCAUGCUGACGAGCUUUUCUAUAUAUUUAAAACUGGACUUGAAUUGCCAAUAGCUCUUCUGGAAACUGAUGUGAUAAGUAAAAUGACAACGAUGUGGACCAAUUUUGCAAAGUACAAUAAUCCUACACCAGGAGGACCAGAAUCGUCGCUUAAAUGGCAACAGACUGACAAACAAGAUCCACAAGUGUUUAUUAUAGAUAAGCAAAUAUCUAUGGAGCCUCUUUGGAAUGACCCUCUAAUGCUGUAUUGGAACAAAACCUACACGGAGUAUAGACGGAGAAUAUAAUUUGAGUAGUUUGUUAUCAAUGCCCAUGGACCAACGAUGCCAUAACUUGCCAGUGAUAUUACAAAAUCAUUAUACAAAACGGGAGUGAGGUUAUUCUCUAUUCGACUGCAUUGUUUUGUAUGUUUGUUACAUAAUAUUUUUAAUUUGGAACUUAUGUGUAUUUACCACAUGAGACCAAUUUAUUUUAUAUUAAUAUUACAUUUAGUAUAAAUUUAUAAGUACUGAA